AUGUCGACAGAGAGGCAACAGUCUCUUGCCAAAUCCUUUGCGGGUAGCCAAAGUGCUUUUCUUCUCUCCUAUUCUUGCCAGAACAGUGUGAAAUCUGCAACGGAUAUUUUCGUCUUAUUGAGAAAGAGAAUCAUCAGAUUAACAGUGCCAGUAUUUUGCCUUGUAGCAGCGACGAUUAUUUUACCUCUUUUAGGAGAUGGUCCUCAUUGGAAUGACCUGUUAAGCGAUGUACAUGAAAUUGUAGAGAAUUGGCCCAAAUAUGUUUUUCAUUACAAUAAUUUCAUAGAAUACAAUGCUCCAAAUUCCCUUAAACUUGAACAUUUAUGGUUUUUAAGCGCCUUGUUUCAGCAAAUCCUUGUUGCUAUACCUUUACUAUACAUAAACAACAGAUGGCCGAAGUAUGGAAAAAUUAUCAUGGUGAUGUUAAUUGUGGCAGGAGCUGUAUCACACGUUAUUAAUACAAAUGUAUACAAAGAUCACACAAUGUUUGGUUAUUCUAUGGAUUAUAGAAAAGUUGUAAAUUACCUAAAUCACAAUUACUGGAAACCUUAUUACUCACAUCUCAGCUCAUUUUUUACUGGAUUUUUGUUUGGAUGCUUUCUGUUGAAAAAAGGAGAAAUUAAAUUUACUCGUGUUAGGUUAGAAUAUUAUUUGUACGGUACACUACAUCAAAGUCGUAACAACGAAGACAUAACGACCAUAUACACAGACUAUUCGCGCCUUUUAAGAGCAUUAUCCAAACGAAACUGUGGUGUUCAGUUACAGAUAUACACUUGCCAUAUACGUAAGGACAUAGUUUUACAACAGCCCAUUUAA